UGGGAGAAGUGGUGUGUUGGCAUUCUGGAGACAUUUCGAUCAAAGUGCAAUAAAAACAGUCAAUUCCGUCGUCUCGCGCGUCCGCAACACAUCAACCAGGCGUGUUGUCAUGCAGACGAACCUCGACAAAAGCGACACGUUCUCUCGGUAAACAGCAGCAGUGCUGAGGAAGGAGAAUGGGGAAGAAGGAUGCCUGUGGGACCAGCUUACCAGUUGAUCAGUACCGAAAACAGAUUGGUAAGCAGGACUACAAAAAGACAAAGUCGGCAUUAAAGGCCACACGGCUGAAAGCUGACGCGAAGAAGAAUUCCUCUGGAUUCAGGGAUGCGUUCCUGGUCAUCGUUGCGAUCCUGUUCUUCGUCUUCUGCGUCUACGCCUUCUUCUACCUCAACCUGAGUACCGAGAUGAACCUGGAUGUGGAUGAGGAUUAAGGAGAGGUGGACUGUAGGCCAAUGACGUCUCGUCUCCUCGCAUCACACACGAGGACGGAACACAGUCUGUCGUCUUUUUUUACACACUUUUGGUGACUCGGUGACAAUGAACUGCCUCUUCGGGAUAAAUGGGACAGUCCAUCAAAUAACUCAAAGCUUCUAUUGAAGAUCUACUUUCCCUUUACUUUCUGCAUGGGAGCACGUAAACUAUAUCAUUACAUUAUGGUUUUACAUGCGAGUUCCUUCUAUUCUUUCCCUGACCCCAGAUCUGAGAGAGUAGCUUUGAUUCUGUUUCCCUGAAAAACUCAGUGACCUCGUUGUAUAACAUUCUGCUGCAAGAUCUACAUGCAGCAGAGAAAAUUAGCCGUCUCUACAGUCGAGACUGAGCCUCCGUUAAUCAUAUUCUGCGGAGUCACGUCCCUCUGUUUUCUCCACUAAUAGAAAAAUGUAAAUCUCCUGCUGAACUUCUCGUCACAUCCAGACAAACACUUGCCUCACAUUCCAGUGCACAAACCUCUCCUCUUGGAUAUCUGGAGAUCACAAAGUGUGAGAUUAAAAUCCACAAAGCCCUCGCCCUGAUUGAAUGUGUGUGCAGAAUACAGAACAACACAAUUCUACCUGCCGCACAUGCAGGCGGCACGGAGACGCACGUCCACAGGAUUAGCAGUACAAAUAUGAUCCUGUUCUUUCAUUUGAAUGGAAAUUGCAGAGAUGAGUGACGACUGAAGAGAAGCCGGUGUGUUUCUCAAAAGGAACACCUUGAUUAUUUUUCCGUCUCGUCAAAUGUAGGACGUGAUGUCUCUGUAUGAAUAUGAAGGUUCGUCAAAUCCUCUUUAUCCCGACUCUUCUUGCACUAGUGCUGCAAGGUUCAAGGACUGACCUUCCAUUUACAACUUCAGCCGAAGUUCUUCCACUGUUUGAGGGAUUCUUUCUUCACAAAGAGUCGGUGGCUUUUGUUUCGUUUAUUUCUUUUCAUGUUAUCACUUUCUAUUCCUUUCUGAUACUGUCCUCCAAAACGCAACUGAUGCUUUGUUUUGGAUACGACUUUUUUAUAUUAGUGUAACGCAAAGAAGGCCAAUAAAUACCAAAUACACUAGAGACCUUGUGACUUCUUUCAUUUCCCGAUAUGUUUCUUUUUUUUCCCCACUAAGUCUCUUUUUAAAAACAAGUCUUGUGUCAGAGCCUGCCUGUGUUCUGUGGCUUAGAUGAAAUGUGAGACUGAUUUUGAGCUUUCAGUUUCGGCUCUUUUCUCCCAUGACCUCCCGACCUCUAGUAAAAGACUACUUUUCCGAGAAACCAUAAUGAUAAGCAUGCACUCGUACCCUCAACCAAUGACUUUUAUCUGGCUUUGGUACUGCAAGACCCCCUCCUCCUCCUUCUCCACCGCUGUGGGUCACUCACAUGUGUAACAAUAGAUAGGCAGACCUGAGAGACCUUCAUAUGUGACACCGGUUAUCUAAAAGGUCACCAUCACCAACUACAAGAGCGCUGACAUCAGCACAAAGGAGAGGAUCUAUUCAUUCAGACCCACGCUUUGGAAGAUGAGAUCAAGUAUUGUUGUUGAAUUGGUUUGUAUGGUAUAUAAACAUUUUUACAGUUUGCUUUGUCAUAAUGAUUCAGUUACAGGAUAUUGUGUGAUACAUUAUAAUUUAUCUUUUAUUUAUUUUUUGUUAAAUUGCUCUAAAAAUCUAAAUCAUGUAUCUCUUUGUAAGAAAAUAAAAAUAAAUGAAAGGACCUUUUCAGUUUCUAUAUGAUUGUUUGUAUAACUUUUAUUAAAUGAAUCAAUGCAGACAGAAAAGGUGUCAUGAGCGUAAACGGACAGCAAUAUCACAUUUUUUAAGGCCCAUUUAUUUUGCAAAGUUAUUACCGUAAUUGCAAAUAUUAAAUUGUAUAAAGUAAGUGUUGCGUUUAAACACAAUCGUAGCCGAACAAACAGGCAGUGCGUACUUUAUACAACACCUUGACAUUAUCUUAACUACCUGUAAUGUUUUAUACUUCUCUAUCCAUGAAGGUUUAUAUUUAGCUGUUAAAAGAAGGUGUCGUCGUUACGUUGAGUCUUAAAAGUUAAUGAAUAAAAAAAAUCCAAUCGUCGAUUUACUUUUAUGGUGUAUGAACUUGCCAUUAUUUCUCUUAGAUCUCAUCAAUUCUACGCCAUAAACAACAGUGUUCUAUCAGUAAUGGGUUAUUAAAUUGUAUUGACUGUAGUAAUGUCUUCAUCGGCCUACUUGUCGUGGCCUUUCCUCAAUAAGAGCGAGGCUGCUUUGUGUUGUCAACAAGUGUGACCGUGACGAUGUCGACGCAGAAUUCCCUCGGAGAGAUGCUGCAGUAGAUUGGAGAUGCACACCGCCGAGCGAAUCCACACCAAUGACAAAAGGAACAUGGGUGUGUGACGUUGGCAAGCUUUUGGAAGCUUUACCCGCCGUCCUGAGACAAAUGAGCUCGACGCCACGCGCCCAACUCCUGCUCAUUAGUCAUGCGAGGUGCGUCACCCAAGAGUAAUUACACUUCGCCCCAAACCUGCAUAUGCAACACCACAUGCAUGCAAUACGUAAUGUCGCUGCACUUUCCCACACUUAAGCCAGUGGGGAACGUUCUCAUACAUGUAUGGAUGUUUACCGAGACAUGAAUCAUAAUUAUGGCUGCUGGUGAACUCCACACUGCACAUUUGGAGCAUGUAAGGUUUUGGCUCUCAUGGUAUUUGCUUUAGACAUAAACAAACUUGUGCAUUUUGUCACAUUUUCUGUUCGCACCAUGACGUCAUGUGAACAUAAGUGCACGGUGACCUCAGCUUAUCUUCUGUUUAGUUUCUAGGAUGGCGUUUACUUCUGUUUUUGUGCCGUGUGUGUGUGUGUGAGAGAGAGAGAGUGAGAGAGCAUACAGAGGCGCUUGUGCAGCUGCCUUUCUCCUGUUCAUCUAUGUGUGUGUGUAUUUUCAGUAUUCAGCAAGCGCCUUUGGCCAUGCUCCAAUGGAGCGCUCAGUCUCUGACGGACCAGUGAGGAGUGAGGAGGGUCAGUCCCGCCAGGAGCUCAUUUAGUCCCUAUCUCUAUCAUACACACACACACAACUCUACUAGUCACUCUGACUGGGAGACUCAUCGCUCCCUCUCUCGUUCUCUCACACACACGUGCACAGAAACACACACUGCUGCGCUCCCAUUAGGGAGAUAUAGUGAGAAGACAGGACUGAUGAUGCCUGUCACAAAGUACUACUGCUAGUCUCUCACAUAAUGUCUCCUCCCUCAGUCUCUCUCCCCACCUUCCCUCUUCUUUUUUCCUUCUCCAUCUCGUUGACUUGCUGCCUUUCUUUCACAGCUUCUGCAGUUCUACUUUAAAAACUGAAACAUGUGGAUUAAUAUCACGUAAGAAACUUUGGUGCAUACAUCCAGCGUCAGACAGCCAUGAUGACAGAAGUCAUCAUUAAAUUUUCUCUUUUGACUCUGUGACGUGUCUAAUAACGCACUUUAUUAUUCUCAGUGCAGAGAGUGAUGUAGAAUAUUGUUGUGUAGAAUAAAAAUGUGUCUGUCAGUCUGCAAAUUAUGUCCCUACCUAUCUACCGCAUUACCAAAAUGCAAGUAUCUGCCGACUUCCACGUGAAAAACAAACAUGACCAUGUCAACUCCGACCUUGACGAGUAACACUUUGGUGUUUAAUUCUCUGCCGACCUCUGGUGCCUGUGUGUCUGAUACGAAUGCAUUAUCAGGGUUGCGCUGUGCGGUGGAUUAGAAAGUCCCCAGUGCUUUGUGAGGUGUGUGGUAAUGCCAGAUUUAGAGGAUUCUGCUGCGAAUCACAUCCUCCCAUCGCCUUCCUAAUCCCCGAUGCGCUGCCUAAUGACACAGAGAACGUAAAACUCAGCGGGAGAGAGGAAGUGACAGGAAAGUUUGCCAAGACUCAAAAGUAGUUUGAGGUCGGAUGGAAAAGUAUGACUUAACGCUGACUGACACCAAAUUCAUUGCUGAUCUUUCUCUGUGGUGUUACAAUAUUUGGGAUUUGAAGGAAAUGUGCAUGUGCAAGUUUGGGCUUUUUGUGUGUGUGUGUGUGUGUGUGUGUGUGUGUGUGUUUACAACUGCUGCAUCCAUAAUAGUGUGCCAUGAGCGGAUAUGGCAGGUGCUCAACAGGUGUGCUCUCUGAUACCAGUCCCUCUCCAUUUGCCUGUCUGUCCCUCCAUGUUUGCACACGCUCAUUGUGUUCUUCAUGGAGGAACACCUGGGCUCUGCUGUACCUGGGCUUGUUGCCCAGUCAUCUGUCUGACAACACACACACACACACACACACACACACACACACACACACUGGAACACAGCCAGUUCCUGUUACAGGCUAAAGCAGGAAGCAGCAGCUGACAUCCUAUCCUUCAGUUCCCAGGAGACUCAGUAAACCAUCCAAGUUGGGCCCACUUGAGACUGGCUCACCUGGAAAUCGGGCCUCUUGUGCACAACAGUUAAAUGGAAAAGGAGAGCAUGGAGGACUCAUUUAGUGCAUUAAGCUGGUAUCUGGUACUUCUGUUGGGUGCUGUGAUUGCUUUGGGCAUCCAUUUGUUUUGCCUCUCAAGUGUGGUUUAUCAUGUCAACAAAAGCUGCAGUAUGCAUCACAGAUUCCUAAGCUACAUUCCAGUGAAUAAGCUUUGGUGGCAGUUGUUAAACUCGGCCGUGGCUUGUCUGUUUAGAUCAGCGUACCUUUCCAGGCAAGAGAGACUGCUAUAUUUUAAAUGAGCAAAAAACAUGAGCAACCCAUGGUUUACUAAAUGUAUUGUGUUCGUGGUUUUAAAAGUGUCUUUAAAUUGUCUCAGAUGAUGAAAGAAUUACAUGCAAAAUUGUCGCAAUAUUUGACACCGGGUUUUAAUCAAUACCCACGCUUUAGUGUGGAUGAGAUGAAGACAAAGAGGCGAGCAGAGUUGCUGCGUUUCUCUCAAUGGUGUGCGUGGCCAUGCACUAGUGAGCGUGGGAUUACCUGAGGGAAUAACACAAACAGGUUGUCUCCAGUUCUUUUGGUUGGUUGUGUUUUUUUUUUUUACUGAAAUAAGGUGAUCUCAGCUCCCCCUUCUCUCGCUGCGAGUCACUGUUCCAGAGAGUAGGCAAGCACUGAUGAGUGCAUUCAAGUAGCUCAGCGGCUCACUUGCUUGUUUGUCAACCAUCAGGCUCUCCAAUCACUACCUCGUUUCAAUAUAAAAAGUUCAGCAAUGUAAUCGUUUAGGUGAUACAAGGGUCGCCUUGCUUGUUUAUCACGUAUUUGUAUAUUAUUUGCCUAUUUAAAUAUGUGCGCUGUUAAAGCAGUAAUGAGGGAUUUUUUGACUACAAGUGAUUCCUUUCGCAUUACACAUAGUCAUCUGAUUAGUGCAACUUUAAAUAACAUACAUAACAAAACUAAACUGGAACUACUAAAAUAGAAUUCAACCUCACUUUCGUACGUUUUUUUUCUUCUUCUCUAAACCUAUCCGUAACAGCAUUUGAUGAACAAUCAGCCAUUCUUCUAUCCUCACGUUUUUACAGGCACGGAGUUGACCUGGGCAGGAUACCAAGCCCCAUAGGAACAGCACAUUAGUUACAUUAGCAGCGUAACCCACAUCAUUAGCGGUGACAUUUUAAAUGGGCUGAAGCAGCAGUCGCUGUGUUUUGGCAACACUGACAAUGGCAGAUGAUACAUGGUCCAAGAAGAUGGUGGCUAUCAAUCUUUCUGUUCACCUCUCUAUCUUGUUCACUUGUUCCCUCUUUGUGGGUGAAACAAACCCGAGCAGAUUAUCACAUGACACAGAGGGUAACGAGCCACAACGCAGUCUCGGUGUUUCGGCGAACAUGUGCUCAUAAGCUGUACUGUAGCAGUCGCGUGUGUCUGUGUCUUUCAUUUUGGUUUGUGAUUGUGUCAAGGUCUACCUGCUCAUUUAUUAAGUUUCUAUUCCUUCACCUGAGCGAGUACUCUCAGCGGCUUCCUCUCGGGGAUGUUGUGAGGGUCAUUCAGAGAUCACGUGUCGCACUUUGCUCUUUGAUUUAGAAGAGUCAAGAGCCACAGGACUCGUUCCCCGGAGGCAAAAGGAGAACAGGCACCCACACACAUGCUCUGUCUUUCUCCCUUUUCCUGUCUGUGUCCCACAAUUGCACACACUGCCCUCUCUAUAUUGCACACUCUCUCUCUUCCUUGUCCCCUUAAGCCAGAGGUCAUGAGGGGUCAGGGCAGAUAUCAUUCAGUCAGAGGGGCAUUAAAGGAAGAAAGAGGGCCAUUCUUUUCUCUCCUUUCAUUUUCUUCAUUUCUGCACCUCUGUCAUUCUAGAUAUGGUAGUGAGACAACGGGCAAUGGUCAGUUUCCAAAGAUGUUUUCAUGGGAACCAUACGCUGGAUUUGUUGUGCCUGUUUUGUCCUUCCGUGACACUUGUUUAUACAUUUUAUGUUUUUUUUGUGUACUGUCAUAAUGGUUUGUGAAUAGAUCUUUUGUUUAACCCCAGUAUCUUUGUUGUGUAGAUGUUGGAGAAAGGAACAAGUUACACAUUGCUGUACUUGUAACCAUCCUAUCGGUCAGUCCAUCACUCUGGUUGGGGUCAGGGUUAUACAGCCUGUACAUUGGCUAUCUGGAGUGAAUAAACACAAAUGGUCUAGUGGUCAAAUUUGCAUCGAUGACACAAGGCAAAACUUUGGCUUUUUGUUUCUGUCUGAACACACAUUUGUUCUCGAUAAACUGACUAAUAGAAUAUGAAAUCGAUUUUUGAAAUGCUUCCCUGUAAUACAUUUUUCUGACUUCUUUCCAUCUCAAAAUAACACUCACUAUUAUUCAAAACAAUACUUCAGUCCAAUUGAGUUUUCUGUGGUACAGAAAACAUCCAUUGAAAGCAUCGUUCUGUGUUUAGCACAUUGUAAGAACUUGUUAUGUUGAUUUGUGAUUUUCUAAACAUUUAAAGUGACGCUU